AUGGAAACGCCGGACUCGUCAACUAGGGAGACCCUGGAGGAGGGAUACCCCGGCUGUACAUCGCAGCCCAACACCGAGGAGCACUUCCCAGUCACGAUGAGGCGGCAAACCGCACUUUUAUUAAGGUUUAUUAAGAUAGGCAGUUUUUUCACGGUUAGUUGUGAAUUUCAGUGUCAUGAUGUUUUCAAUGUGCCCAAGAAUGGUUCAUCGGUGUCUUUUCCAUUUUGCGCUGCGUCAUUUGGCGUUUUCAAUACAGGCGCCGGAUCCACUGAAAUUUGCUAUCGCAGGAGUAAGCCUUCGGCACGAUUAUUUGAUCUAAACAUAGAAAGUAGAGAUCCACUUGUUGGUGUGAAUGUUAUGCUAUAUCUUCCUCCAAAAUUCUACAAUGAGACAGCUGUAAGAAGUUCUACUAGAUACCUGUUGUUGUCGUCACGACUCGAUAGUUUUGGACUCAUCCCAGAAAUAUCACCUGGUGAAAUCAGUGUGGUCACUUCCGUCAUAGCACUUCUGGCCGCCGCUCGUGCUAUAGGACAGCAUUUCGCAGUUUUUGAACGGGCAGCUUACGCGUCGGAUCGCCAUGUAAUUAUCGCCUUCUUUGAUGGAGAAUCUUUCGACUACAUUGGUAGCAGUGAUGUUGCUUAUGAUAUGAUGAAAGGCGAGUUCCCUCGAAAGCUACGAAGCGACAUUAAGACGCAGCUUGAUCCGAUCAUUACGUCUCAGCUAGAUGGGCUCAUAGAGCUGCAACAGUUGGGGACCGGUAACGGUCGGGAACUAAAUGCACAUGCUGAUGGUAGCCAGAUUCGCAGUCGAGAGGUUACUGAACAGAUAUUAUUCCUUCAUACUUUCAGAACUAAGGCUGCGGGUGGGGAACUUGUUCUUCCAACGGUGGACUCGAAAAUGCCUCCGUCAAGUUGGUAUUCAUUUGCACGAAGCUCUCCUUCCAUACGUGGAAUUGUAUUAGCACCAUUUCGAAAAAAGUAUGAAUACAGUCGUAUCAACUCUAUGCUCGAUCGUGUUGAGUGGAAUGCAACACAACGUUUAGCGGCAAUUUCCGAGGUGAUAAUAGCAGCUAGUGCAGUACUGCGAGCGGCAAUGGAUCAUGUUCGUUUGCCUGCUGUUCAUUCACUUUUUGAGUGCUUUAUUGAUUCUUCCGACUGGUUCUCAUGCGAAUUUUUCGAUCGAAUAAAUGGUGGUCGAUUCAAACCUUCAUCAGAAUUUUAUUCGGGAAAGUCUACGUAUGUGUCGGCGGGUUAUCGUAAUCCCAUUCGCUUUUUUGUGGAGUGGCUAGCAAUUUAUGCUACAGGAUCGACGGCCCAUACCAGCAACGUUAAGGACAAAAAGACUUGUGAUGAUUUGGGAAAGGAUCAAAAUGUCUAUUUGUUUACGUGGCAAGCGGAUCCAAUCACUGGUAGCUACUACUGUUAUCGUACUUCGAUGAUCGUUCACCAAGUGAAUUCUCCUGCUUUUAGGAUUGAUGGUGUUGUAUUAUUUCAUUAUUUUUCAAAUGGUACAUACUCCACAUGGACGGAGUCUCUUUAUAAUAUCGAAAACCUACAGCUGUAUUUAGUAGAAGAAGAAUCAUUUGAAAAGGUUAUGCUGUGUCUAGGAGUGGCGCUCGCUUUAAUAUCAUUUUUGGUAUGUUUCGAAUUAGCGCACUAUGUUGUAUCCUGUGGGAUGUGUAAAGCGAAGUUUACUAAAAGAUCAAAUAAUACGUCAUCUGACACAGGGGUACUUGUGACAAUACACUGGAGACCAUGA